AGAGAUCGGAGCCAUUCCUACUACUAUUAUUUUUAGUUCCUAUCUUACUCAUUACUCUCAAAUAUUAGUUGAUGGCUUCUCUUCAUCAUCACCCUCUUCCAUAUUCUGAAGCCAAACCCAACAAUUCAAUUGUUCUAGAGAUUCAUCAGGAUGAGACCAUCACUACUACUAGUGCUGUGGCACAUAUGGAGGAGGCUUCAAGAAAGAGCAAUGGAGAAGAGAAGAGCAAUCCUAUCUGUUUGACAUGGAAGGAUCUUUGGGUGAAUGCUUCCAUGGGGAAGAAAGGGACCAAAGCUAUCCUUCAGGGGCUAACCGGUUAUGCCAAACCGGGUCAGCUCUUGGCCAUUAUGGGUCCUUCUGGUUGUGGCAAGUCAACACUUCUUGAUACUUUAGCAGGUAGAUUGGGUUCAAACACAAGACAAACUGGAGAGAUUCUUGUCAAUGGUCACAAACAAUCACUGGCUUAUGGAAGCACGGCAUACGUGACACAAGAUGAUAGCUUAAUAACAUCAUUAACAGUGAGAGAAGCAGUGUACUAUUCAGCUCAGCUUCAGUUACCUGAUUCCAUGUCAAAGGCAGAGAAGAAAGAGAGAGCAGAGUUCACAAUAAGAGAGAUGGGUUUGCAAGAUGCCAUCAACACUAGAAUUGGUGGCUGGGGUUGCAAAGGAAUCAGCGGUGGUCAGAAGAGACGUGUAAGCAUCUGCAUUGAGAUACUAACACGCCCAAGGCUCUUGUUUCUUGAUGAACCAACAAGUGGACUUGACAGUGCUGCCUCCUAUUAUGUCAUGAAAAGAAUUAAAUCCCUUCAUCAUAAAGAUGGUAUUCAAAGGACUAUCAUAGCGUCAAUUCAUCAACCAAGUGCUGAAGUUUUCCAAUUCUUUGAUAAUCUGUGUUUGCUCUCUGCUGGAAAAACAGUUUACUUUGGACCUGCUUCUGAUGCAAUUCAGUUCUUCGCCUCAAAUGGUUUUCCUUGUCCCGCUCUUCAAAAUCCAUCUGAUCACUUGUUGAAAACUAUAAACAAGGACUUUGAUCAGGAAAUGGAGGUAGGUUUAGCCGGGACGAGUGGAGGAGCAUUACCGGCAGAAGCAGCAAUCGGAAUCCUUGUGAACGCAUACAAAGCCUCAGAAAUAAACGAACAAGUUCAAACGGAAGUAACUGCCAUAUCUAAAAUGGAAAUUAGGUACGUAGAGAAGAAGAGAGGACAUGCAAGCUUCCUUAGGCAGUGCAUUGUUCUUACAAAAAGAUCAUUUGUGAACAUGUCCCGCGAUCUAGGCUAUUAUUGGCUGCGCCUUGCUAUAUAUAUUGCCUUGGCUAUAAGUUUAGCCACUAUCUUCUAUCAUUUAGACACAAGUUAUGCUUCAAUUAAGGAUAGAGGGUCACUUCUUGCAUUUGUAUCCACUUUCAUAACUUUCAUGAGCAUUGGUGGAUUCCCUUCCUUUGUGGAAGAUAUGAAGGUAUUCGAAAGAGAAAGGCUAAAUGGGCAUUAUGGUGUGACUGCGUUUGUGAUAGGAAACACCUUAUCAGCCAUCCCAUUUGUGUUGCUAGUUUCUUUCAUUCCGGGAGCUAUAGCAUACUACCUCCCUGGUCUUCAGAGUAGAUACGACCACUUCCUUUACUUCAUUUGUGUUCUAUUUUCUUGCCUCAUGUUAGUGGAGAGCCUCAUGAUGAUAGUUGCAAGCGUGGUUCCAAACUACCUAAUGGGAAUCAUAACCGGCUCUGGAAUCCAAGGCAUCAUGAUCUUAGUUGCUGGCUUCUUCAAACUGCCAAGCACCAUUCCUAAGCCAUUUUGGAGAUACCCUUUGCAUUACAUAGCAUUCCACACUUAUGCAUUCCAAGGAUUGUUCAAGAACGAAUAUGAAGGCUUGAAAUUCCAUGGAGGCUCAUCACACAAGUACAUUACGGGUGAAGAGAUUAUGAGGGACACGUGGCAAACAGACAUGAGUUACUCAAAGUGGGUUGAUCUUGCAAUAUUAGUAGGGAUGAUUGGUGUGUAUCGUGUUAUGUUUUUGGUUAUCAUAAAGAUUACUGAGAAGGUGAAGCCUAUUGUUGGAUCCUUCAAGCUGAGGUCUCCCAAACAAACAAUUUAUGUCGUCGAAAAUCCCAAUGCUACUCCUUUGCAUGUGGAGCUUGUAAAGCUGAAAUUGGCAGGCAUAAGAAUAAUGGCAUCUGAAACCAUGGUGGUAGAGAUUGAGCAUGAUAAUAAUGAUGAUGAGAAGGGGAAUAAUAAGAGAAACGAAGAGAAAGAGGAGAAGGAGGGUAUGUGUAUGUGUAUGACAUGGAAGGAUGUGUGGGUGACUGCAUCAAUGGGAAACAAAGGAAGCAAACCAAUUCUUGCCGGUCUAACCGGUUAUGCCAAACCGGGCCAGCUAUUGGCCAUAAUGGGUCCUUCUGGUUCUGGCAAGUCUACCCUUCUUGAUGCCUUAGCAGGUAGAUUAGAUUCAAACACAAGACAAACAGGAGAGAUUCUCAUCAACGGUCGCAAAGAAGCGCUGGCCUAUGGAAUCUCGGCAUAUGUGACACAAGAUGAUACCUUAUUAACAACCUUAACGGUGAGGGAAGCAGUGCACUACUCAGCUCAACUCCAACUACCAGAUUCCAUGUCCAAGGCAGAGAAGAGAGAGAGAGCAGAGAUUACAAUAAGAGAAAUGGGUCUGCAAGAUGCCAUUAACACAAGAAUUGGAGGUUGGGGCAUUAAAGGAAUCAGUGGUGGUCAGAAGAGACGUGUGAGCAUCUGCAUUGAGAUCCUAACACGCCCAAGGCUCUUGUUUCUUGAUGAACCAACAAGUGGACUUGACAGUGCUGCUUCCUAUUAUGUCAUGAAAAGAAUUGCAAACCUUGUUCAGAAAGAUGGCAUUCAAAGAACCGUUAUUGCUUCAAUACAUCAACCAAGCACUGAAGUCUUUCAACUUUUCCAUAACCUCUGUCUUAUGUCUUCUGGUACAACUGUUUACUUUGGACCUGCCUCAACUGCUACUCAGUUUUUUGCUUCCAAUGGUUUUCCAUGUCCUGCACUCCAAAACCCUUCUGAUCAUUUACUGAAAACUAUAAACAAGGAUUUUGAUCAGGAUACUGACAUGGGUUUAUCUGGCACUAGAACAGUGCCUACAGAAGAAGCAAUUAGAAUCCUUAUAAGCGCAUAUGAAUCAUCUGAAAUUAAGCAACAAGUUCAACAAGAAGUUGCAAUGCUAUCUAACCAGGAGACUAGAUCAGUAGAUCAUAAGAAGAGAAGGCGUGCUGGUUUCCUUAACCAGUGCAUUGUUCUUACCAAAAUAUCAUGCGUGAACAUGUUUCGUGAUCUAGGCUAUUAUUGGUUACGUCUUGGAAUAUACAUUGCAUUGGCCAUAGCCACUGCCACAGUUUUCUAUGAUCUAGGUACAAGUUUCAGCACAAUUCAGGACAGAGGAGCACUUCUUAUGUUUGAAUCUUCAUUCAUAACUUUCAUGACCAUUGGUGGAUUCCCUUCCUUUGUGGAGGUCAUGAAGGUAUUUGAACGAGAAAGAUUAAAUGGGCAUUAUGGUGUUGUGGCAUUUGUAAUUGGGAACACAGUAUCUAGUGUGCCAUACUUGGUUCUAGUAUCAGUGAUUCCAGGAGCCAUAGCUUAUUACCUUCCUCAUCUUCAAAGAGGAUUCGACCAUUUUGUUUACUUCAUAUGUGUUCUGUUUUCUUGCCUCAUGUUGGUUGAAAGCCUAAUGAUGAUAGUUGCAAGCAUAGUCCCAAACUAUCUAAUGGGAAUCAUAAGCGGCGCCGGAAUCCAAGGAAUCAUGAUGCUGGCCGGAGGGUUCUUCAGAUUGCCCAAUGAUCUUCCUAAACCAUUUUGGAGAUACCCAAUGUUCUAUGUUGCAUUUCAUAGAUUUGCAUUCCAAGGAUUGUACAAGAACGAGUUUCAAGGGCUAAGCUUUGCAACAAAUGAUGGAAAUGGCUCCUACAUUAGUGGUGAUGAGAUUCUCAGGGACACGUGGCAAGUUGACAUGAGUUACUCCAAGUGGGUCGAUCUUGGAAUCUUGCUUGGGAUGAUUUUGGUGUAUCGAGUGUUGUUCUUCUUGAUCAUCAAGAUUACGGAGAAGUUCAGGCCAUUUUUUGUGUCAUUCAUUUCAGGGUCUCCCAAGCGAGCAACACUAGUGAUGGAGAAUAAUGAUAACUCUGCACUAAGUCAUCAAGCAUAAACCAAACAUAAAUCUAACUGUAUGCUUAUAAUUAUUUUCAAAUUAAAUCUAUAGUAGCUAGGUUUGUGAUUUAUUUUGAUGAUUUUAAUUUGUAUAUAUAUUGUUGUUGAUUGGUACAUAAGUAUUGUCUUGUAAACCAAUUUAGGUUGGUCGAAUAAUCAGUUCCUCAUCCGAUUAGUUCAGGA